AUGCUCUUCCUUGAGAUCGCGAUUAAUCGUAUCGAUUAUGUAUUCGCCAAUUACGAAGAACGACGAAAAGUGGCUUUGGUCGUAAUUCACUACCUACUGUUUUUCAUACCUCUAAUUCAACACAACAGUGACCCUUUCGCACCAUCUCUCCUGUUCUUUCUGUGCUGCUACAUUGCUGUUGUGUCCCUCUUCCUGAGACAGCACGACUAA